AUGGCCGAGGUCGUUUUCGCAAGACAGUUCCUGUCGACACUCGACUCCAAGCCCAUCAAGCUCUCCGCAGACCAUGUCGAGGAUCCCAAGAACUUCCCCGCGCGCCCUCCCUACGUCCUCCCCAAGAUGCCCAAGGCCUUCAGCAAGCCCGCGGCGCCGCUGGCCCCGGGCCAGGAGCGCAGCGUCACCGUCGUUCUCAAGUCGCUGCGCAACCCGCCCAUCGACGUCAAGCUCACCUCGCAGCCCCUCAACACGUCCGUCCUCGACCUCAAGGCCCGCGUCGCCGAAAAGGCCAGCGUCCCCGCCGACAAGUUGCGCCUGCUGCACCGCAAGAAGCCCGUGCCCGACAGCAAGAUCCUCAAGGACCUCGCGGGCGACGACGAGGUGACGGUCGAUUUUGCCAUCAUGGUCAUUGGCGGGGCGGCGGCCGUGCAGCAGCAGCAGCAACCGGCUGACGGCGAGGCGGGCGUCGGCGUCGCGGGCGAGGCUACGGGUGCUGCGGCGCUCGAGACGGAAGCCUUUUGGACGGAUCUCAAGGGGUUCCUGAUGCAGAGGCUCAAGGAUGAGGCCGAGGCCGAGAGGCUGGCCACGUCAUGGCACGCCGACUGGGCGAGCAAGAGGUAG